AUGAGCCCAAAUGACAGUCAUAAACGCUAUAUUUCAGGGGUUGGAAUUGACAGAACGUUAUACGCGUGGUUGGCUGUGUUCGUCCUUCCUGUUAACUCGGCUCUGAACCCUAUUUUGUACACGCUGGCCACGAAGAUCUUUAAACAGCAGGUCGUCAAGAUGGUCUUCAACAUGAGUCGGUGGCCAGCGAGUCAGCCACGGACGGGCACGGACUCAAACCCUUCCAACUCGUACGUGAUGCUGUACCGCGGCAGGUUCCAGACGGCGCAGAUGUCGACGCGAACGGCCUCGCUCUGGUCCCACCGAACCCGGCGCCUCAGCUUGGACCAGAGAGGAGUCUACGGCAUCGCCCACACCGCCCGCCCCCCUGCACGCCCGCCCACCUGUGAGAUCUAGGUCAUUCCCCUCACGCCCUCUCCUCCUCGCCCGUGUACAGAAGAGGCCGGUUUGUCGCCUGUGAAGUUUAAGCAGCUGGGAUGGCAAGCAGCUGGGGUC